GGAAAACGUACCAUAAUACCAUUCACUCUUUCCUUCAUUCUGCAUUUGCUUCCAUUACUUUCUCACCACCAACUUGGUUUUUUUCGACUAUUUUUUCAUGAUCUCACAAUCAUAAUAUUUUUCUGUAAUUCCCACCCUUGAAUCUCUCUCCCACUCUCAAACCAUUUGGUUUCACCAUCACUUGUUUUCCAUACGUCUACAGAACGUGCAACUGUUUCUCUUGAUAUACACGUAGUAUCCAAAGCUGUAUUUUACUGGGAUGGAUAAUUAAACAGCAGUAAAGUAUAGUUGAUGAGAUGAAGGCUGAGGCAGCUGUGCUUAUAGUUGGAUUAUCUGCAGGGGUAGUGAUUGGAGUGCUUUUGGCAAUUUCUGGAUUCUUCUGCAUUAGGUACCAUAGGAGGCGUUUGCAGAUAGGGAAUAGCAGUUCUCGGAGGGCGGCAACUAUUCCUAUUCGUGCUAAUGGUGCUGACGCUUGUACUAUAUUGUCAGACUCGACCCUUGGUCCAGAUUCACCUGUAAGAUCCGGACAGAAUGGAAAAUCCUUCUGGCUUGAAGGAUUUAAGAAGAGUAAUGUGGUCUCAAUGUCUGGAAUACCCGAGUAUUCUUACAAGGAUCUGCAGAAAGCAACAUGUAACUUUACAACAUUGAUAGGGCAAGGUGCAUUUGGUCCUGUGUACAAAGCUCAGAUGUCAACAGGUGAGACUGUUGCUGUUAAAGUGCUUGCAACUGAUUCUAGGCAAGGGGAGAAAGAAUUCCAGACAGAGGUUAAGCUAUUGGGAAGGUUGCAUCACCGAAACCUCGUGAACUUAAUUGGAUAUUGUGCAGAAAAAGGCCAACAUAUGCUUAUAUAUGUUUACAUGAGUAAAGGCAGUUUGGCCUCUCAUAUAUAUAGUGAAAAACAUGAACCAUUGAUAUGGGAUUUGAGAGUUCUAAUAGCUCUUGACGUAGCAAGGGGCUUGGAGUAUCUUCAUGAUGGAGCAGUUCCUCCUGUAAUACACCGUGACAUUAAAUCAUCCAAUAUUCUGUUGGACCAAUCCAUGAGAGCUAGGGGAGGAUGCCUUUUAAGAUAUUUCAGAGGGAUAUAUUGGGUCAAGCAGGUAGCAGAUUUUGGACUUUCAAGGGAAGAAAUGGUGGACAAACAUGCAGCUAAUGUCAGGGGAACUUUUGGUUAUCUUGAUCCUGAAUAUAUAUCUACGAGGAACUUCACCAAGAAAAGUGACGUUUACAGCUACGGAGUUCUGCUCUUUGAGCUCGUUGCUGCAAGGAAUCCUCAACAGGGUUUAAUGGAAUAUGUUGAACUUGCAGCGAUGAAUACAGAGGGGAAACUUGGGUGGGAAGAAAUUGUGGAUUCACGUCUUAAUGGGACUUUCCAUGUGCAAGAGCUUAACGAAGUGGCAGCUCUGGCAUAUAAAUGUGUCAACCGUACCCCAAAGAAACGGCCUGCCAUGAGAGACAUUGUACAAGUGCUAUCACGGAUGCUCAAAAUGAGGCACAACAAGAAUCACACGAAAUCCUUGUCAGCGGUAACAGAUGAAGGCACAACUGACACGAACCAACCAGAAACCAGAAUCCAAAUGGCCGAACACCAAAGAGAAGAGUCUGUAGACAGCCUAGCCGAUACCUAUGAAGUAUAGACGGUGGCUUCCCCAUUUUUUCGUUUUUUCUUUCUUAUUUCUUGGGUUUUCGACUUUGCUUUUUUUGAUACAUGUGCAGUCUGUGGGCUAGAAUUAGUGGAUUUCGAGUAGUUAAGAUUUCUGGUCGAGUGACACAGGAUUUUCGGUUAAAUAUUCGACCAUGUAACAUAUCGUUUUCUCAUUCUUCCUCCCUGUUUUGCUCAGAUGACAGAUUUCUAGAUUUAUAUACCAUAUUUAGCAAUGGAGAUGAAGGAAAAGUUGACCCCCUUUUGAACUUAUUUCCCAA